AUGGAAGCCGCUACGCGCUCUCCAGGUGCGGAGAAACCCAAGGACACCCCCAGAGCAAUGAAAGACCUCGACCACAGCCUGCAUGAAUAUGAAAAGCACGACAGCGAGGAGGCCUUGCCGUCGGAGCUCAUCUCUGCUGGCUCAGAGCACCUCCAACGGAAACUAGGUGGAAAGGAAAUCCAGCUGCUGGCAAUAGGCGGCGCCAUUGGAACAUCUCUGUUCGUACAGAUGGGUGCAAGUCUACCAAAGGGUGGCCCAGCUGGCCUUUUCCUAGGCUUUGUCGCUUACGGAACCGUCAUCUGGUGUGUCAAUCAAUGCUUUGCCGAAAUGGUUACUUAUCUUCCGAUCGCUUCCCCAUUUAUCCGUCUGGGUGGAUUCUGGGUCGAUGACGCUUGGGGCUUUGCAAUGGGCUGGAACUACUUCUUUCUUAUGGCCUUCGCCAUUCCGUAUGAGAUCACUGCAAUCAAUGUACUUCUGACCUUCUGGACGGACAAGGUGCCCGUGGUCGCAGUGGUCAUGAUUUGCUUGGUGAUUUUUGCUGUGCUUAACGGGCUCGCUGUCCGGUAUUUCGGGACCGCCGAGUUCUACCUAGCCAUCUUCAAGGUCUUCCUCAUGAUGGGACUCAUUUGCUACACCUUCGUCACCAUGGUUGGUGGUAAUCCAGAGCAUUGGGCCUAUGGGUUUACCUACUGGAAAAAUCCCGGUGCAUUUGUUGAGCACCUUGCUCCUGGGAACACAGGACGUUUUCUUGGAUUUGUUUCCUGCGUGAUUCAGGGCUCCUUCACUAUGGUCGGUCCCGAGUUCAUCUCCAUGACAGCUGGCGAAGCCGAGAAUCCUCGUAAAUUGAUGCAUCGGGCUUUUACCUCUUUUGUCUGGCGCCUGCUCCUGUUCUUCCUCGGCGGCGCUCUCUGCGUUGGAAUCGUCAUUCCCUACAACGACUCGCUUUUGCUCAAAUACAUCAAUGGAAAGGAGGGCGGCACUGGAGCUGCCUCCCCUUACGUCAUUUCAAUGGUCAAAUUUGGGAUCAGCGGUCUUCCCUCCCUGGUCAACGCCCUGAUCAUGACGUCUGUGCUUUCUUGUGGAAACAACGUUGUUUACUCUUCUAUCCGGACCCUCCAUGGCCUGGCGGUUGAUGGAAAAGCGCCUGCGAUCUUUGCCAAGUGCAACCGCUUCGGUAUCCCAGUCUACUCGGUCAUCUUUUCGCUUGCAUUCUGCCUUCUUUCAUUGCUACAGCUUGGUGAUUCUUCGUCCACGGUCCUUGACUGGCUGGUGGGAAUCUGCACUGCAUCAUACAUGAUCAACUACUUCGCCACGGUCGUGACAUACCUGCAUUUCUACGCUGCUCUCAAACGUCAGGGCAUUGACCGAAAGACUCUGCCAUACCGGGGAUACUUCCAGCCCUAUGCGGCAUACUACGCCGCGGUGAUGACCCUGGUUAUAGCCUUGAUCCUCGGGUACACCGUGUUCAUUCAUGGCAAUUGGGACAUUACCACAUUCUUCACGUCUUAUAUGAUGAUUGGGUUUUUCAUCGUGGCGUUUGUGGCUUGGAAGCUCUUCAAGCGGACACGAUACGUUCGGCCGGGAGAGGCAGAUCUUCAGCUCGGAGGCAUUAAAGCUCAGAUUGAUCUUUAUGAGGCGUUGUAUGAGCCACCGAGGCGAGGCAAGAUUUCAGGCUGGCUCAACAGCUUGUUCGAGUAG